AAAACCUGCUGGUUCUUACUGUUGCCACCAAGCAGACUGAGGGCUUCCAGCGCUUCAGAAGAUCAGCCCAAUUCUUCAACUACAAAAUCCAGGUGCUGGGGCUGGAUGAGGAGUGGAAGGGUGGAGAUGACAAGAAGCCAGCAGGAGGAGGGCAGAAGGUCCGUCUCUUGAAAUCAGCUUUGAAGCAGUAUGUGGAUAAGGAAGACUUGAUCAUCCUUUUCAUAGACAGCUAUGAUGUACUCUUUGCUUCGGGCCCCACAGAACUGCUGAAGAAGUUCAAACAAGCCAAGAGCAAGGUGGUCUUCUCAGCAGAGAACUACAUCUAUCCUGACAGAAAGCUGGAAGCCAAGUACCCUCAGGUGCGAGAUGGAAAGCGCUUCCUGGGUUCCGGAGGCUUCAUAGGUUAUGCUCCAAACCUGAAGAAACUUGUGGAGGAGUGGAAAGGACAGGAUGAUGACAGUGACCAGCUCUUCUAUACAAAUAUCUUCUUGGAUCCAGAAAAAAGAGAAAGUAUCAACAUCAGUCUAGACCAAAGAAGUCGGAUCUUCCAAAACUUAAAUGGAGCGUUAGAUGAGGUGGUUCUGAAGUUUGAAAACUCGCGAGUGAGAGCAAGAAACUUGUUAUAUGACACUCUGCCUGUGAUGAUUCAUGGAAAUGGACCCACCAAGCUGCAGCUGAACUACCUGGGAAACUACAUACCUCAAAUAUGGACAUUUGAGACUGGCUGCACUGUGUGUGAUGAAGGUCUGCGAAGCCUCACGGGGUUUAAGGAUGAGGCAUUGCCAAUGAUUCUCAUUGGCAUUUUCAUCGAGCAGCCCACCCCAUUCCUUUCCCAGUUUUUCCUGCGGCUUCGUAACCUUCAUUACCCAAAGCAACGAAUCCAGCUCUUCAUUCACAACCAUGAACAACAUCACUUGAUGCAGGUGGACUCUUUUGUUAAAAAGCAUGGCAAAGAAUAUCUCGCUGUCAAAGUGAUUGGGCCAGAUGAUGAGGUGGAGAACGCUGAGGCACGUAACUUGGGCAUGGAUUUGUGCAGAAAGGAUCCUGACUGUGACUAUUACUUUAGCCUGGAUGCUGAGAUAGUUCUGAAGAACACAGAGACUCUAAGGAUCCUGAUUGAGCAGAACAAGCUGGUGAUUGCCCCACUGGUAAGCCGUCGUGAGAAGCUGUGGUCAAAUUUCUGGGGAGCACUGAGCCCUGAUGGUUAUUAUGCCCGCUCAGAAGAUUAUGUGGAUAUUGUUCAAAGGCGAAGAGUUGGGCUUUGGAACGUUCCCUACAUCAGCAGCGUUUACCUGGUUAAAGCUAAGGUUCUGCGGUCGGAGCUUGACCAGGGAGAUCUCUUCCACAGUGGCAAGCUGGAUACUGACAUGGCUUUCUGCCACAAUGUUCGGAAUCAGGGAGUCUUCAUGUACCUGACAAAUCGGCAUCAGUUUGGACACAUACUGUCCCUGGAGAAUUACCAGACAACUCACCUCCACAAUGACCUUUGGCAAAUAUUCAGCAAUCCUGAGGACUGGAGGGAAAAGUACAUCCAUGAAAACUACACAGCGGCUCUGAAAGGGAAAUUGGUAGAAAUGCCCUGCCCAGAUGUUUACUGGUUCCCCAUAUUCACUGACAUUGCCUGUGAUGAGCUGGUGGAAGAAAUGGAACAUUAUGGUCAGUGGUCCACAGGUGACAACACGGACAGCAGAAUACAAGGAGGAUAUGAGAAUGUCCCAACUAUUGACAUACACAUGAACCAAAUUGGCUUUGAAAGAGAAUGGUAUAAGUUUCUUCUGGACUAUAUUGCACCCAUCACAGAGAAACUGUACCCAGGAUACUAUACCAAGACUCAGUUUGAGCUGGCCUUUGUUGUUCGCUACAAACCUGACGAGCAGCCCUCUUUAGUGCCCCACCAUGAUGCUUCCACCUUUACCAUUAACAUUGCUUUGAACAAAGUUGGGAUAGACUAUGAGGGAGGAGGCUGCCGGUUCCUGCGCUAUAAUUGCUCCAUUCGAGCUCCACGGAAGGGGUGGACCCUUAUGCAUCCAGGACGCCUGACCCACUACCACGAAGGUCUUCCAACCACCAAAGGAACGCGUUAUAUUGCAGUGUCCUUUCUUGACCCCUAGAGCCAUGCCUCACAGGAAGGACCUUUCCCUGGCCCUGCUCACUGCUGACUUUGAGUGGAAUCAGGGAAUGCUGCUGAAAGUUUCUAAGGCAUUGAUCAAAGCUAUUUGGAUAUUGAUUUUUAAUGAUAUUUUAAGACUCCACUACUGGAAGAUCUCCCUCUCUGAUACUGCAGGUGAUAUCUAGGAAUAUUGCUGUAGAAUUCGGAAGGAGAUAUUGUGCCUUCAUUUUUGAUUCUGCUCCUCAUCUGCUCUUUCUUGGAAGUGCAAUUUACUUGAACCUUCAGCGAUUGGUUGGCUUUACAAAAGUGCUUUCUUGGACUUGAAAUCCAGCUUCUUGGAGGCAAGUCACAAGCUCUUUCUCCAGAUAGCUGGAAGCUCGUUUUCAUCCAUGUAUCCACAUACACAGGACUGGACAUUAGACAAUAAUUCCUGGAUACUAUUCCAAAUAUAAGCCAAUCAGGGAGCAGACUCCAGGAGUCAUAACAGAUGUCGUACCAGAUGAAACUCGGUAGUAAGAGCCUGGAGAUCAUCUGAUUCCUUACCUCUGCAGUCCUUGGGACCAUAUCACUAAGUUCAGAGCAGUGGCAAUGGCAAUAUAGGUGCUUCUGGUUAGCUAAAGGAAGGUCCAGUAAUGAUGCUUUACC